AAACUCCUCCCAUCCACCACACCUGAGAGACACAGAACGUGUGUGAGUCUGGGAUGGACGGAGCUACGGGUGGCAGAUCACUGUGAGCGUAAGAGAGAAAAGAGAAAAUCACGUCAUCAUCUUCAGAAUCUCCAUGGAUCUUCUGGUCCGGGUUCAGCGGUCAAACGGCUCCAGGCCCGCGGGCUGCGGCUCCGCUCUGGAUCAAGCGUACUGGCCGCUGUGCGACACGUGGGGCAUCGUGGUUCAGGCCAUGGCCGCGCUGGGCUUCGUGAGCUGUGUGGUUCUGAUGCUGGCUCUGCUGCUGUGGUCGGCGUGUGCGUCCUGCCGUCGGUCUGGUGCGCUGGCGGCGCUGCUGCUGUUCCUGCUGGCCACGGCCGGCAUGUUCGCUCUUCCCUACUCCUUCAUCAUCUCUCUCUCCCCGCAGACGUGCCCUGUGCGGGUGUUUGUGUUCAGCGUGUUGUUCAGCAUGGCGUUCGGCGCUCUGUUGGCGCGCAGUCUGGCCCUCCUGGGCGCGGCGCUGGCGCGUGGGUGGAGGGAGGUGUGCAUGACCGCGGUGCUCACGCUGGUGCAGGUGAUCAUAGCGGCGGAGUGGCUGCUGGUCGUGCUGGUGCAGGACAAGAGGACGUGCCAGUUCUCACAGCCAGAGUUUGCCAUGCUGCAGAUUUACGUGAUGGUCCUACUCGCCGCGGCGCUGAUGCUAGCGCUGCACCUCCUCCGGCGCACGUGCGUCACCUACAGCUACAGCUACAGCGGACAGACGGAUCGGCAGGACAAACUGCAGGCCGGGCUGCUCGUCCUCACGCUGCUGCUGAGCGUCUGCGUCUGGAUCGUCUGGAUCACGCUCCUCACCUACGGGAACCGCGCCAUGGGCCGCAGCCCCAUCUGGGACGAUCCCGUGAUCAGCGUCGCACUGACCGCUAAUGGCUGGGUGCUGCUGCUGGGACAUGGCUUCACUCAGGUCCACUUCAUGUGCAAGAGCGAAGCCCGUAUGAAAGACCCGCCUCUGGACUUCACAGGCUGGACGAGACCAGCGGCUCCAGAGGACCCGAAAACAGGCACGGACAACAGCGGCUUCCAGAUGGACACGGACGGGAGGAGAGGUCAAGAUGUGGCGUCUUCUGGAAUCUUCAUGAGUGAAAUCAGUGCUGAAAGAGACUACAGCAUCCCGCGUCCUACGACCACCAACAUCAACGGGCCGUACGACGACUACUACGGGAGCAGAGCUUGACGACUAUAUUAUGACUUUUGUGGUUGAAUUUGCACACUCUUUUCAUCUCCUAAGUUAAUAAACCCCUUGCAGAGCAUUUACAAAUAUAAGAGAUAUGUUGUUGUUUAGUACUGCCCUUCAGAAGCUACAUGACGUGAUAUUACUUCAAACAAUGACCGUUCACGUCUGUGCAAAAGUUUCCACCCCCAACUCUGUGAAUGCUUGCAGCUUUUGUUAUAGUUGUGUAUGAGUCCCUCAAUCCUCUUCGGUGUGGAAAGAUGGAUCUCAAUUAUUCUGUUGGGAAGAGCUGGAAAACCAGAGAAGGUGCAGGAGCUUGAGGAAAGACAUACAUGUUCUAAAGAGAAUACUGGGAACUUUAAUCUAUCUAGAUUUUCUUCCACUUAAGGAAUAUUCCUCUAAUGUAUCCUGAGAACUUUCUCCAUGUGAAUCUAGUCCCAGUCCCAGUCCCUUUAAAGUGUAAAACUGUUCUUCAGAUUAUUAAA